AUGUCUUCCAAGCACUUGUUGCUCUUGGUCCUCAGCUUGGUGGCUCUCACUUCCGUGGCCCUAGCCGAAUACGCCAAGCCACCUGAGCACGGCAAGCACAAGCAACACCACCAUGGGGCCAUGCCGCCCACUUGGGCGCCACACCACGGGCACAUGCCUCACCAUAGGCCUGGCGCCCCAAGGCUGAUGCCUGAGAUGCUUUUGGAGAAGCCGGGCUUCGAGCACAAGCCGUUCCAAGGCCACCACCACCCACCGGCCCAUGCCCCCUUCCCGCAUCACGGUCACCACGCAGCUCAUGCGCCGUUCCCGCACCACGGCCACCACCACGGAGCGCACCCACCGAUGGAGAGCGGCAAGGGCCACCACAAGCCCCACAUGCCGCGUGCGCCAGCUCCGGGUCAUCCCUUCUGA